CUCACUCGGAAAGUGGAUACGUUUUUCCCGCUUGCUCUACUAGACCUCACCAUUUUCUCAAGUUCUUUUCAGCCAAACAAUUAGCUACAGGAAAUCAGUUCCAGAUCUAUCCAGCCUACCAUGUCUGAACCAGGUUCUGGUUGUGGUGUUCCAGCGCAGAGAAGCUCACAGCGGGGUCCAGAGUUGCUGUCAGUGAAGCUGGGGGACUGCAGUCAAACAGUGGAACUCAAUGUGAUUGUCAAGGAGGAGGGCGAGGAGAGAGAAAUCAAUGAGGGGGAGGAGGAAGAGAGAGAGGUGGACAGGGACUCUGUUGACUCAGCAGAGAGCCCCAUCCCAGACUCAGUCAACGAACCCAGUUCCACAGCAUCAAGACUGCCUGGUUGUGGGAGUUACCCCUGUCCUCAAUGUGGGAAGUGUUUCAGUCGAGCAGGAGACCUGAAGACUCAUCUGAGGUCGCACAGUGGAGAGAAGCCUCACCAAUGCUCUCUUUGUGGGAAGUGUUUCAGUCGAGCAGGAGGCCUGAAGACUCAUCAGAGGUCGCACAGUGGAGAGAAGCCUGCCAGUACUUUCAAUGUGAUUGUCAAAGAGGAGGAAGGUAACUGUACUCUCAAUGUGAUUGUCAAAGAGGAGGAGGAUGAGAAGGAAAAGGGAGGAGUUGAGGAAGAGAAGGAAACUAGUGGUGUAGUUGACCCAGAUACAUCAAGACUUCGUGGUCGUUACCCCUGUCCUCAAUGUGGAAAGAGUUUCAGUUCCUCAGGUAAUCUAAAGAAUCACCAGAGAGUUCACACUGGAGAGAAAUCUUACCACUGCUCCCAAUGUGGAAAGGGUUUCGGUCGAGCAGGAGGCCUGAAGACUCAUCAGAGAUCGCACAGUGGAGAGAAGCCUGCCAGUACUUUCAAUGUGAUUGUCAAAGAGGAGGAGGAUGAAAAGGAAAUCGAUGAGAAGGUAAAGAGCGAAGUUAAGGAAGAGCAGGAAACUAGUGGUGUAGUUGACCCAGAUACAUCAAGAUUACCUGGUCGUGGUCGUUUCCCCUGCCAUCAGUGUGGGAAGAGUUUUCGUUCCUCAGGUAAUCUAAAGAAUCAUCAAAGAGUACACACUCGAGAGAAACCAUUUCACUGUGCCACAUGUGGGAAGAGUUUCCGUGAAAAAUUCAAUCUCACGAGACAUAAGAAGGUACAUAGUGGGGAGAAGCCUUAUCACUGCACCCAGUGUGAGAAAAGCUUCAAUCGUUCUGGAAGUCUUAAGGAACAUCAAAGAGUACAUACAGGGGAGAAGCCUUACCACUGCUCUCUUUGUCGGAAGAGUUUUAGUCAGCCAGGAAACCUUAAGAAACACCAGAGAAUACAUACAGGGGAGAAGCCUUACCAUUGCUCUCUGUGUGGAAAUAGUUUUUGUUUCGCUGGAAACCUAAAGAAUCAUCUGAGAUCACACUGUGGAAAGAAGCCUUACCACUGCUCUCAGUGUGGGGAGGGAUUCCCUCAACUAAAAAGUCUUAAAAGCCAUCAGAAAAUGCAUAUUGGAGAGACGCCUCCCUCUACUUUCAAUGUGAUUGUCAAAGAGGAGGAUGGUGACUGUACUUUCAAUAUGAUUGUCAAAGAGGAGGAGGAUGGGAAGAAAAUUGAUGAGAAGGAAAUGAGAGAAGUUGAAGAGGAGGACAAUAGUGGUGUAGUUGACCCAGAUACAUCAAGACUGCCUGAUCGUGGUCGUUACCCCUGUCCUCAAUGUGGAAAGAGUUUCACUUCCUCAAGUAAUCUUAAGAAUCAUCAAAGAGUACACACUGGAGAGAAACCUUUCCUCUGCUCACAAUGUGGGAAGAGUUUCAGUGAAAAAGUAAAUCUUAAGAGACACGAAAGAGUACAUAGUGGAGAAAAGCCUUACCACUGCACCACAUGUGGGAAGAGCUUCAAUCAUUCAGGAAGCCUUAGAGAUCACCAGAGAAUUCAUACAGGGGAGAAACCUUACCACUGCUCACUGUGCGGAAAUAAUUUUCGUUUUGCUGGAGACCUAAAGAAUCAUCAGAGAUCACACAGUGGAGAGAAGCCUUAUCACUGCUCUCGGUGUGGAGAGGGAUUCACUCAGCUAAGAAGUCUAAAAAGUCAUGAGAGAAUAUCCAUUGGAGACGUGGGGCCAAAGUGCACCGCAGUCUGUAGAGAAUCUCCACGAGAUGCUACAAGACCACGAGAUGCUACAAGACCACGAGAUGCUACAAGACCACGAGCUGCUACAAGACCACGAGCUGCUACAAGACCACGAGCUGCUACAAGACCACGAGCUGCUACAAGACCACGAGAUGCUUCAAGACCACGAGCUGCUACAAGACCACGAGCUGCUACAAGACCACGAGCUGCUACAAGACCACGAGCUGCUACAAGACCACGAGCUGCUACAAGACCACGAGAUGCUACAAGACCACGAGCUGGUUCAGUUGCUGCAGAUUCAGCUGAACAUCAUGGCAGACAAGUGCAAAGUCAUCCUGCAGCUUCUCCACAUCUUCCAGAGCAGACACCCCGUGACGACAAAGAUCUUUCACUAUUGAGAGGACUUGCAGAUGAAUAUUGCAGCCAACAAAGAACUACAAUAUGAGGCUUAUUUACACUACUUUAACCCAGUUGACGACUUGCCCUUUGCUGUGAAAACAAAAAAUAUUGAGCACUGUUGAAGAGGCAUACAGCAAUGCAGAGUGGGAAAACGUACAAAGUACAUGUGAGAUGGCUUCAGUAAGGUACCACGAGAUGAACUGGAUGCCUUCUUGACCAAUGUAGGACCAGCAGCACUGAGAGCCACAGUGAGAUGGGGUGGUGGAUUUGGAUAUCUUCUGGGAUGGUCUUCAAGAGAGACUUCCUGUGCUGAGCACCCUGACCAAACGCUACAAAGAUGCAGUCUCAAAUUCAGCUGAUGCUGAGCGAAGCAACAGUGUCUACAAACUUGUGUUGCCCAGCCGUAGGAGAUCAACCUCUAACAACAACCUACGAGCCUUGGUCUUCAUGUACCACAACCAACGACUCCGCAGUGGAGCAAUUGAUAUGGAGGAGGAUCAAUCAAUCAAUCAAUCAAAUGUAUUUAAAGAGCCCUUCUUACAUCAGCUGAUACCACAAAGUGCUGUACAGAAUCCCAGCCUAAAACACA